AUGUACACUGACAGCGAUUGUGACCGCCCACUGUGGCAGCACCAGACCGCCCCCUUGGAGCGCGUGCCGCCGCUUUUCCACGCUCAGGCCGACUGGUUCUCCCUGCAGGAGGCGUCGCCGCGUCAACUCGACCCUGCGCCUCUAUUAACUCCGCAACAACUGCAACAGCAGUCGCCUGUCAGCAGCUGGAGCAAAGAUACCGGUCGCACGAGCAUCAACUGCACCACUGGUUCUCGUCACGACGCACACGAGUACGGCGCGUUGCCACUGCUCGCUUCGGAGCUCGCGCCCGCGCCAUUGGACGUGUGGACGAACGAGUCCGACGACGUCCAGUCUCCGCGUCCUCAAACCGCACCGUUCCAGUCUUCGCCAUUAAGGGUGCGACCAGAGCCCGCGCUCGCCGACACUGACGAGCUCUACACGCGCCUGCAAGACGGGAAGCCGUUCGCACAGCAGCAGUCAGUUGUCCGUCGUCGGAGCAAGCAAAUCGCUGUUGGUCGCUGGCACAGCGACGAGCACGAGUGGUUCCUCAAGGGCCUCGAGAUGUUCCAAGGGCCUGCGUGGGGCGAGAUCGCGCGACUCAUUGGGACCCGAACGUCCACGCAAGUGCGAACGCAUGCGCAAAAGUUCUUCACAAAGCUCGCGAGGCUCAACCAGACGAUGCCGCACUUUGAGCUGCAGAUCCAGAAAGAGCGAGCUCGACUCGUGGCUCAAGGGGCCAGCAGUGCCCCCCACAGUGCCCAGGGAACAGCACCGCGAGCUUCACUGCUCGCGACGCUGUCGCCCUGCAAGCACUUGGACAGCAAUGGUCUUCGGCAGCCGCGCAAGGCAUUCAGUGGCGACGCGUCGUUGCUGUUCUCAGCGGCGACUGAAGACCGCGAUGCACACGACGUGCACCAGUUGAUGCUGCCGCGAGGAGACGUAGACAGUAUGGAAAGAGCGUUUGCGUCUCCGUCGGCGGAUGAACCACUGGCGACGGCCGAGUGGCCCCCUCACCACUCGUGGACGUCGUGCGAGGGCGCCAGUCUUUGGCCACUGACGUCGCCGACGUCGCCGACCGCGUCACUGCAGUUGACAGCAAUGCAGAUGGACAGCGACCGGCUGCAACACGCACUGGUGCCCAGCGUCGAGUCCGACGUGGACUCGUCGCUGCCGUCGAUGACCAAACUAUUGUAUCGCAGCAGUGCGACGUCAAGUUGA